UAUUAUAAAUACACAUUGCAACAGAUAAUUUUCCACUCUCUUGUCUAAUUUAAAUUUAAUUUACAAUACAAAUCAAACUCGCAUGUGCAGCAGUAAACUAGUUCCAGCAGUGCUCGCUAAGUUAGUGGACUGCUCGGUAGUAUACCUGCACUAACAUUAAAGAUAUUACAUUAAAGCACGAAAGAAAGUGUUGUGAAGGAAAGGAAAAGUGCCCAUUGAUAAUAGAUAUUGAAGUAAUCUUUCAUAGAUAUUUUGUCUACUCAAACACAUUCCGAUAUAGUUAAAUAUAUUUUUAUUGUAAUUCAAACUGUGUUUCAAUGUCAAUAAUAAGAAAAAUCACAUUAGAGGAGGAAGUGAAAAAGAAUCCCCAAUUGAAGCUAUCCGAUAUACAAUCACUGAGAGAAUGGUGCGAGAAACAACCCCACUUACCAAAAAUUGAGGAUAGCUUUCUCGCUUUGUUCCUUCACAGUAAUUAUUAUCACAUAGAAGCAGCUAAAAAUACAAUCGAGAAUUAUUACACGACUAGGACGCAUGUACCAGAAUUUUUUUGUAAUCGGGAUCCACUCGGUGAAAAAGAGCUACGACAAAUCUUCAAAGUCGUGGCUUACUCCCUUCUGAGUGAACUAACGAAAGAAGGUUACACGAUGGUGUAUACACAACUUCUGGAUGAUGAUCCUUCACACUAUAACUUGAAUGCAGUGAUCAAAUAUUUCUUCAUGUUAUGCGACAUUCAUUUUCUAACGAAUGAUACAAACAAUGGUUUGGUCUUUAUUGGCAAUGCUGAUAAACUAUCUUUUGGUCAUGUCGCGAGAAUAAGUCCAUUGGCAGCCAAGAAAGCUUUAUACUAUGUUCAAGAGGCAAUGCCAGUGCGUCUAAAAGAAAUCCAUGUCAUAAACGUACCACCUGCCAUGGAAUUGCUCAUGAAUAUUGUCAAACCUUUUAUGAAGAAAGAGAUGAUAAACAUGAUACAUUUUCAUUCGUCGUUGGAAAGCCUUUCCAAGUACAUUCCGAUAGACGCCCUGCCGAAUGAGGCGUUUGGAAAUGGAGGUUCGAUACAAGAAUUAAACGAAAUUCAAAUAAAGCGACUCGAAGACUAUCGUGAAUGGUUCCUGCAGGACGAAGCAACCGGGCGUGUUAACGAAGCGUUGAGAAUUGGCAAGAGCAAGUCAGCGAAUGAUUUGUUCGGUGUAGAGGGUAACUUUAGAAAACUCGAUAUAGAUUGAAGCUUAGGGGUAAAUGGGGCCAGAAAGGGUAGGCAGGUAAGACGGGGUAGCGCUUGUAUCGCGCGAUUCAAAUGCAGAAAUUACAAUCAAGCAUAUGUGUUAGAUGCGGCUCUUUGAUCAUUAAAAAUUACCCAUGAGUCAGCGAAAUAGCUGCGUUAUUGAGACUACUUUUUAUACUUUUAUACUACUAAUUAUACUUUUAGAAUAGACCACAAUUUAUACUUUUUUGCGAUUUCCUUAUGAUUACAUGAAGAUAUAAUAUCGAGAAAACGGACAGAUACAAAGAAAAGAAAAAACGAUAGCAAAAGCAGUAUAAAAUAAAAUUAUAUAA